GGCCGCCCGGCUGGGAUGUGGGGCCUCACAGCGGUGUCUGGGAGCCACCUGUGUAACCAGUACAGAACAGCAGGUUCUUUGCCAGAGGAAAAAAAAGAGUUUCUGCAAAAUGGACCAGCCUUACAAGACUUUGUGUCUGGAGAUUUAUCAGACAAGAGCACGUGGGCAGAGUAUAAAGGCAAUUUAAAGCGUCAGAAAGGAGAAAGGCUGCAACUUCCUCCAUGGCUGAAAACAAAGAUUCCCAUGGGAAAGAACUACAAUAAACUAAAGAAUACCUUGAGAAGUUUAAAUCUUCAUACGGUAUGUGAAGAAGCACGUUGUCCCAACAUUGGAGAAUGCUGGGGAGGUGGUGAAUAUGCUACAGCUACAGCUACUAUUAUGCUGAUGGGUGACACAUGCACUAGAGGUUGCAGAUUUUGUUCAGUAAAGACAGCAAAAAAUCCACCUCCACUGGAUCCCAAGGAGCCUUACAACACAGCAAAGGCUAUAGCUGAGUGGGGCUUGGAUUAUGUUGUAUUGACAUCUGUGGACAGAGACGAUAUGCCUGACGGUGGAGCAGAACACUUUGCAAAGACAGUCUCGCAUCUGAAAGAAAGGAAUUCAAAAAUCCUGGUAGAAUGCCUAACUCCCGAUUUUCGAGGGGACCUUAAAGCUGUGGAGAGAGUAGCGUUGUCAGGACUGGAUGUUUUCAUGCGUUUUUCCCCUUGUGCUGGAAAUACGAAAAGGAAGGUCCGUGAUCCACGAGCCAACUUUGAACAAUCCAUACGUGUGCUGAAGCACGCUAAAGAGGUCCAGCCAGGCGUCAUUUCUAAAACCUCCAUUAUGCUGGGGCUAGGCGAGACAGAUGAACAAGUAUAUUCUACAAUGAAACUAUUGCGGGAAGCAGAUGUAGAUUGCUUGACCCUGGGACAGUACAUGCAACCAACAAAACGUCACCUAAAGGUUGAGGAGUACAUAACUCCUGAAAAAUUUAAGUACUGGGAAAAAGUAGGAAGUGACCUUGGAUUCCAUUACACCGCUAGCGGGCCCUUAGUACGCUCCUCCUACAAAGCAGGUGAAUUCUUCUUGAAGAACUUAGUAGAAAAAAGAAAGACAAAAGCCAUCUGAAGAUGAAAGUGAACCUAUUUAAAGCAGCCAGCUUUAAGGAUCCUUUUUUCAACACGUAAUUAUACUUGGUUGCAGAAAGCCAGAUGGUGGAUGUAUGAAUAAACUUACUAUCUUUCCAGAACACUUUUCUCUCACCAAAACACUUCACAUUAUUUUACCCCAUCCCUCCUGGCAAGGCUACAACUACAUAGUACUUCUGCUGUUCAGCAAAAAGUCAGAAGAUAGAACUGAUUUUGAAAGAGUGAUAGAACUGAGGUGGAAGAAAUGUAAGCUAAAAAA